AUGCCUCAGUGGAUACCUCAAAAUAUACAAAAGAGAUUGCUACUAUAUGUGCUUCAGCAAUUGUCUCUCUUCUCAGAGAUUGAUCUUCCUAAUCUAGAGGAAGUUUCGUUGAAUAAUAUAUCCUUGAGAGAUGUGCAAAUCGACCCGGAGAAGGUGGGCAAACUCCCUGGCUGUAACUUGAGGUAUGGACAAGUUGGCCAAUUGGACCUAAAUGGUGGUGUGAUGGGUGGUGUUAAUAUCGACGUAAGCAAUGUAGACCUUGUAGUAGCGCCAGAUUUCGAUGCUGGAACUGGACCCGCUGGUAAUGGCAAGGAUAAGAAUGACAAUGUUCAGUUUCUGAUUGCUCAGAGCACUGCAGACUUGGCCAACACAAUCAUCCUUGAAAAGGACGGCACCACCGAUUUAAUAAAUAGCGAGGAUGACGAUGAAAGCGACAGCGAUGAUGAAGAAAAGUCGUCGUCUUCGAAAUCGUCAACCACUUCAUCUGGUCCUAUCAAGGCAUCAGCUCUCAGUGGAGUCAUGGCGAAGGCAGUGGAAAUUGCGCUCCUGAGGUUACAAGUUACAAUAAAGAAUCUACUGAUCAAAAUAGUGUCGGAAUUGACGGAUCUUAGAGUAGAGAUCGAUGAAAUUUCGAUCAAAACUAUCAAUGGCAGUAAGAAGAUUAAUAUACUAGGAAUCCGAAUAAUCACGUUGAACCCCGAGGUCAACCCUGGAUUAUCAUCAACACCUCCAAAGAGUCAAAGCAAUUCUAACUCGAAUACAUCAAGUGGAAGUACAGGAAAUUCUGAUACUACAGAGUCAGUACCUACCUCAGACGAUGAAGAUGGGUAUGGAGAUGAGUCGUUGAUGGAUAGUAUGGUUUUCACUCACGAAGAAGCAAGUUCUAUAUAUAUGAGUGCUACUUCGCAGUCCUUCAGGCGUGAUGGGGAGGAAGAAAAGAAUAAAACUGAAAGCUUAAAAUCAAUAGUACUCUUCAUUGAUGAGGUAUAUGCCAGCUUUGAAGGUUUGUCUCAGAUUUCAAAUCUAGAAGUUGCUGUAGGAGAAUUGAAAGUUGGAGCAGUUCCAGCUUUCCCCACUAUCAUGUCAAUUCUUACAAGUAUGACUAGAAACCUCAAGCUAAAAAAUUAUCAGAAAAAGAAAGAUAACUUUAACAUAAGGAAAAACUCGAAGUUUCCGCAAUAUGAAGCUGAUGAUAGUCCUCCACCUCAACCUCUUCAGGGUGCUCCUAAUCUACCAGCUAACGUCAACGACCCUGUACAUGAUGAAGAACUAGAUAGUAACCAACUUUUCAACAAACUUCACAUCAAGCAUAUACUCGUCAGUUUGACAUCGGCGAUUUUGUCUAAUGGGGAUUUAGCUUCCCAAGAUUCAAAUAUUACAGUCUCCUUGAAGAACUUUCAUGUAAAGGAGAAAAAUCUGAACUUAAUUUAUGGUGGUAUUGAAACCUUCAGUAUAAAUGAAGUGAAAGGUGGCGAAACUGUAGAUGUUUUCAAAUUUGUGGACGAUCAGCAGCAAAGCCAAGAGAAUAAGAGUACUCCACCACCACCUUCGUCAGUGCCAAAGGCAGACUUUCGAUUCGAAUAUUAUGUGAAUUCCACCGAAACAGCUAAUAAAUUUAAAGCGGAGUUUACCACAUUGUGUUCAAAGCAUGCAAUUGUUAAUCUUACGUCCACUUCAUUGCCUAUUUUAAUUAAUUUCGGCAAUUCUGCCUCUGCAACUUUCAACCACUACAAUAUUUUCAAGAAUAGUUUGAAUGCGUUUAAUUCUAUUCGGAGCCAGUAUGGAGGGCUUAAUUCAUUAUCACCUUUACGUUCAGAAAUUUCUAGUGAAGAUCAAAAGUCCGGCAAGACACCGGAUAUUAUAUUUCAAUCAUCGUUAAUAACAAUAAAUUUGAAGUUAUCAGAUCUAACUUUAAGAACAGUCAUAUUACCAGUUUCCUACAAGCUGGAUCAAAAUCAUAUGAACAUCCAAAAAAUUUUACUAAGCUGCAUUGACCAUAAUAAAGAAGAAUCAUUAUCGUCUAUUGCUAACAUCAGGCUCUAUUUGAAAGCAAAAGAAUUUAAAUCAUACGUGAUUAGAUCAAGCGGACGUGCUCAUACAUCUGCUGGUUCAAGCUCAGCAACGAGUGGAAUCUCAGAUUCGGCCUCGCCUUCUACUUCCGAUAAUUCUAGCUACCCUCGAGAAAUUAAGCUUACUUCUUCGCUCAUUUUGGCAGUUCCUGAUGUAACCGUCACGUCAAGUUUUAAAUUGGUUCGUAAAAUUAUGGCUGAAUUUAAGACGUUUUCAACCUGCUUGACUUCGCUAGAAUCGGAAGUCAAUUCUAUUGAGAAAUCUUUCAAGACUCCUAAUUCAUCUUCAGCUUCAACUCCAACUAGUAGGCACGCCAAACCCCUCCCAGCACAGCCCUCGCUCUUACAAAAUUCUAUCUACGCGAGUCAAAGAAGAUCGAGAAGAAUACCAGAUUCCAAAGUCAGUUCAUCUAACCUAUCUUCUGAACCCACUCGUUCUUUGGCUGGUUCUGUAGCAUUUAGAGCAGUUGUGAACUCUAUCUGCUUUACGAUCACAGAUCUAUUUCCUAAGUUUGGGUCAUUUUCAUUUAAAUUUGAUAAAUUAUCUAUAGACCAGUUAAGAAAUGGUAAUCUCCAAGGCUCUGUUUUGUCUUUAACCCUUCAGAGAGAAUUUCAGGGCCAGAUUGAGAAAUUCAUAUAUGAAUUCACGGAUGAUUUAGUUAGGAAGAGCUCCUACCCCUUGAUUGUUUUUUCUUUAAAAAAGUUUGACAAAUCGGUAAUUUGUGAUAUUUCAGUUUGGAAUGUCAUAAUCGAAUACUACACUGUCUGGUUAAGAUUAGUUGAGAAUGAGGUUCAUGAGCAGCCACCUGUCGAAGCAGUGCUAGAUGCUCUUCCAGAUCACCAAAAUGAUAAUAGCAAUAAUUCGACUGGUGGAAGUAGUCUGGGGUCAAAAAAAUUCGAAGUGAAAUUUACGUUGCAUGAUUGUGUUAUUGGUUUAUCCCCUGGUCGAUUAUCAUGCAAAGGGUAUGUCACAGUUGAAAAGGGAACUGCCGAUAUUAUCAUUGGCGAAAACCAACUAUUUGUUAAAAGCUCUCUUAGAAAUAUCUCAUUGUUGUUAAUUGAUGAUGUUAAGAACCUUUAUUCUAAUGAAGUUGCGCAUACAAGUUCCAAUGUCAAAAAAUUGCCUCACGGCUAUAACUCUCCCUUAUCGUGGUUCGUUGAACUAGGAUGUUUGAAAUUUGGUUCCAUAAAUGCAACACAUGUGGGAGUUACUGUUAAUUCCAAUAUCGAUGCUAUAAAAGCUAGAAAUAUUAGGCUAGGAAUUAAAGAUAAACUCCCACUCCUUGAAUUGAAAGUUAAUCUGGAUGAAUACUCGAUAACCCUAUGUGCUGACUCGGCACAUACUUUACUUCAAAUGAUUAAUGAUUUGAAGCUGCCUAUCAUAUUCCUGGAUGAAGAAAAGUUCAAAGUGGAAUUAAGCAAAGAAGUUAACUUGUUGGAUGGUAUUGGUGAUCUAUUUAGCACUGAAACAGAAGGUGACCAAAAUUCGAAUAGUGCAAGCUCAUUGAAAGGAACAUUCGUUACUGGAGGUAGUAAUUCCCCUCUAUUAAUGGUUGACGAAUAUAUACAGAAUUCCGCUAAUUUGAAUAGAUCAUCCUUGGAAAUGGAUAUGGGUGGUUUAAGCCUUAGUGGUUCAGUCAAAGAUGUGAAUUCUAAUCUUAGCUCAUUCGAUGAAGAUCAUUUCACAUUAAAUAAGGCGAAGGAAAAGAUGCACGAUGAGGAGAUAAUACCUAUAAUAUCAUAUGUCAACGUAUCAAAAAUACAUAUCUACUUAUACGAUGGUUAUGAUUGGAAAGAGACCAGAAAUGCCAUUAAAGGUGCUGUGAAAAGGGUGGAAACCCAGGCGGUUCAGGAACUUAAAUCAAAAAAAUCGAAGGUUAAAUUUGAAGAACCAAACAAAGCAAGUAACUAUUCAGAAGAUGAAGAACUUGAAGUUCCUUUGAUUGGCGAAACGUUAUAUCAGUCUAUUCACCUCUCUAUUCCAGUUGGAACAAAUCCUUCCAAACUAACUCAGAAUAUAAACAAAAAUGUCCAGAAUAUAGAACAUGAAGGAAAUGAUGAACUGGGCACCCCAUCUACAAUUGACCACAAGAAUCUCAGACUAAAGCGAUCCAAAUUACACAAGUUAGCAAUUGAAGUUAAAAAUUUAGAAGUAGAAGUUUCUAUUUUUACGACAAGAGAUCCUAGGACUAACAAAGGAAUUGUCGAUGAUAGCGAAUUUAAGAAAGACUUUGAGAUCGUGAAUUCCAUUUCUCUAAAUAUUGAAAAUUUCCAAAUCUUAGAUAAUGUUCCAACGUCAACAUGGCAUAAAUUUGUUGGGUACUUACGAACUGCUGGUGAGAGAGAACUACUGACCAAGGCACUAAGCUUGACCUUAACAAAUGUGAGACCUAAUUAUUCUUUAUGUUCAACUGAAGCAAUAAUCAACUUAUCCAUUCUUCCUUUAAGGUUGUACGUUGACCAGGAUACCUUAGAUUUUGUUACGAGGAUUGGUGAAUUUAAAGAUAGCAGGUUUCAAUUGCCUAUUGAUGACGUUUUGUACAUCCAGAGAUUUAAACUUGGUGAAUUGAGGAUAAAGUUGGACUAUAAACCUAAAAAAGUGGACUAUGCGGGUAUAAGAUCAGGUCAUACUGCUGAAUUUAUAAACUUCUUUGUUAUUGAUGGAGCAGAUAUAGUGUUAAGAAGUGUUACAUUGUAUGGUAUGCUAGGUUUCCCUAAGUUAGGUAACGAAUUGAAAAAUGUUUGGACUCCUGAUAUACAAUCUACUCAGCUCAGUGGAGUUUUAGCUGGCUUGGCACCAAUUAGAUCUAUUGUAAAUAUUGGUACAGGUGUCAAAGAUCUCGUUGCCAUUCCUGUUAAAGAAUACAAAAAAGAUGGUAGGUUAAUUCGAAGCUUACAGAAAGGGGCUUUUCUGUUUGCAAAGACCACUGGGUCUGAGUUAUUGAAGUUUGGAGUGAAACUUGCGGCUGGUACGCAAGUGUUGCUAGAGCAGGGAGAAGAAGCAUUUGGGGGAGAAGGAUCUGCGGCUAGAUUGCCAAGUAAUAAGAGUAGAGCUAGUAAUGACAAAGGGAAUAGUAGUGAAUUGGAUGAUGAUGAUUUUGAUGACGAUGAUGAAAUUGAGAUAGAUGAUGAUGGCAUCUUCUACGUUGAGAGACAUCCAGAUGAUAGAAACCCCUUGGUAUAUGCAAUUACAGAUCGGAAAUUCGUCGAAAACAACCUCAUGGCAUCUUCACAGCUUUUGAAUCAAAGUAUGCAGAUUGAUAACAGCCACAGGAACGGUCUCUACGGUUCCAGCAGUAGAAAGCUUUACUCGUUUGCUGAAAUGGAUGACGAUUCCCAUACCUUGGAUAAUCAUUUAUUAAGAAGCUCACUUGCCAAGACCAAGAAAUCAGAGAAGGCUAAAGCAAAUUCGGCAUCGGGCGGGUCUCUUGGUGCGAAGAAAAAAGUCGCAGAGGAUGAUGAGAGUCAAAGAGCGAUAAGUUUAUACUCUAACCAGCCCACCGGAGCUCAAGAAGGACUCCAGUUGGCUUAUGGCAGUAUAGGUAGGAACCUCAAAAGUGCAAAGGUUGCAGUUCUACGCACACGUGACGCGAUGGCUGACGCAGGCAGCGUUCCAGAAGCGGCAGUUGCUAUGGUCAAGGGAGCACCCGUUAUUUUAAUCAGACCCAUGAUUGGCGCCACUGAAGCGGUUCUGAAGACACUCCUAGGGUUGACAAAUCAAAUAGAUCCACUGCUGAAGGCCGAAAGCGAAGAAAAGUACAAGCCCUUGUAG